AUGCCCCUGUUCUUCUCUCACCAUUUGCCUGUAUCUUCUCAUUCACUUCCUUAUUCCUUCCAAUCCAAAAUUAGCCAUUAUCUUAUGCCCCUGUUCUUCUCUCACCAUUUGUCUGUAUCUUCUCAUUCACUCCUUUAUUCCUUCCAAUCCAAAAUUAGCCAUUAUCUUAUGCCCCUGUUCUUCUCUCACCAUUUGCCUGUAUCUUCUCAUUCACUCCCUUAUUCCUUCCAAUCCAAGAUUAGCCAUUAUCUUAUGCUCCUGUUCUUCUCUCACCAUUUGCCUGUAUCUUCUCAUUCACUCCCUUAUUCCUUCCAAUCCCAAAUUAGCCAUUAUCUUAUGCUCCUGUUCUUCUCUCACCAUUUGCCUGUAUCUUCUCAUUCACUCCCUUAUUCCUUCCAAUCCAAGAUUAGCCAUUAUCUUAUGCCCCUGUUCUUCUCUCACCAUUUGCCUGUAUCUUCUCAUUCACUUCCUUAUUCCUUCCAAUCCAAGAUUAGCCAUUAUCUUAUGCUCCUGUUCUUCUCUCACUAUUUGCCUGUAUCUUCUCAUUCACUCCCUUAUUCCUUCCAAUCCAAAAUUAGCCAUUAUCUUAUGCCCCUGUUCUUCUCUCACCAUUUGCCUGUAUCUUCUCAUUCACUUCCUUAUUCCUUCCUAUCGAAGAUUAGCCAUUAUCUUAUGCACCUGUUCUUCUCUCACCAUUUGCCUGUAUCUUCUCAUUUACUUCCUUAUUCCUUCCAAUCCAACUAA